AUAAGGAUAAAUCUCUACAAUGUUCCUGCUGUUCUAUCUCAAUGAGCAGGGAGACAGGGUCUACACGCUCAAGAAGACAGACCCCGCUGGAGAGCCGACGUGCUCAGCCCAUCCUGCCCGCUUCUCCCCGGAUGACAAGUACUCUCGUCACAGGAUCACCAUCAAGAAGCGCUUUGGCCUCCUGAUGACCCAGCAGCCUCGGCCUGUGGUGUGA